AUGUUCCCUUCCAACAAAUGCUCCGACGACGCCAGCGCCUGCUUCGCACCCGGCCACCAAGUCCGCUCCCUUGGCUCGCAAUCCUUCACCUCCGCCGCCUUCUCUUCCCUGCCCUUUGUGACGACCUUUGUCGGCGUCUCGUUCGCAGUCCUCUAUAAGCUAUUUCCGCUCGUCUCCGGCUUGCACCAGUCCAAAGACGAGCAGGACCAUUAUCUCCCCAGCGACGCGCCGAUCCAACUACGCCAGAAACAUGCAGAGCAGGGCGCGAAGUCUCUCCGGAGGAGGGUCGUGGCCGUGACUUUCUCAGCAACGAUCAGCCUGGCUGCCGUCCUUGCGGAGCUUAUACUGUGCGAGAUUUCGAACUCGCUGAACCCUGCCGCCCGGAGUCUGGCGUUGAGGGCUGUGGUGCCGGUGCUGCUCUUCUUUUUGGUGGCUCUCAUCCCGUUUUUGGAGUUGCAGUCAAUUGUUUCGGGAUUCGGGUUGUCAUUUAAGAGGAAUGUGAAAGGGAAGAUACCUAGGAAAUCGUGGGCUUUGCAAGUGGUGCUGUUUAGUGUGUGGUUGGUGGCCUUCUGGUGGGCGGGCAAAGCCGUACCGGGCAUUGCCAGUCAAGCUGGCAAAAGCUUGACGGAAGAAUGCCUGGACCGAGUAGGCAUUGUGGGGAUAUCUCUCAUGGCGCUGUUGUCUGGCUUUGCGGCUGUGUCAGCGCCAUGGCAAACGUUUGGAGCGAAACCAAGGCCAGUCACUGAGGCGGAUGUAGCGCGGAAGCAGGCAGGUCUUGAUGCUACGAACGAGAUGCUAGCUGCAAAGCGCAGUCGUCUUCGAGCUCUACAUCGCAGGAUGAAAGACUCUCCCGCUGAGGGCUUUAUGACAAAAGUCAUGGGCAGCAUACGAGGCAACCCAGAUACCCAGGAACUAAAGGCCCUGGAACUCGAGGUCUCAGGAUUAAAUUCCAUGAACUUAUCCCUCUCCUCCUCUCUCUCCGUUCUUCAGAAUCGCCUAGCAUCUACUAAACAAGCAUCCUCCCCUCUCGGCAAGAUGCUCUUCAAACCAACCUCCUACGCCUUUGCUCUCUACUGCGUGUAUCGCAUUGUGUCCACGACCAUCACCUCUAUCCGGCGUAUUCUCUUGCCACCUCUCGAUCCGACAGCUUACACGUCCUCCACCACCGACCCCAUCAACCGGGUCCUCUCCCUCCUCGCCAAACACGUCGAUCCCACUCUCGACCAACUCGCCUGGUCCCGCCAAAUCUCCUUCCUCCUCUCGGGCAUAAUCCUUCUCGCCUCCUUCAACUCCGUCCUCCAAACCUUCCACAUGAUCACCAAACUCGUUCCCUCCCUCCUCUACCAAGCACAAGCCAACCUCGCACUCCUCAUUGCCCAGAUCUCCGCAAUCUACGUUAUCUCCAGCGCGUUACUGCUACGGAGUAACCUUCCGAGCGAGAUGAAGAGCGUGGUUAGCGAUGCGCUCGGGAGUCCGCUGGAGCCGGGGCUGGUGGAGAGGUGGUUCGAUGGGUGGUUUUUGUUGGCAAGUUUGGGUACGGCGCUGGGCAUCUACGUAGGGAGAAAGCUCGGGGGAGGAGGGGAAUGGGACGAAUUUGAUGAUGGGGAUGUGGAGCUGGGACAAAAGCGAUCGUGA